AUGACCCUCUCUACUGUCUUCAAGCCAAUUGGUCAUGGAAUAUUGAAGCAUCUCAGAGCCUUCACUUUCAGAGGCAACUUAUUUUGCAUGAUUGCACUGCACUCAUUUGUCAAGAUAGCGGAUCCUUCUGCUGUGAGCUUUUGCUUCUUGAGGGAUGUUAGGAAGGCACUCACUAGACUAGGAGCUCUUCAUUUUCUUGUGGAGGCUGCUGGUUGUGGCAGCAUGGUUUCUAGGGAAAGAGCUUGUCAAUCUAUUGGGUUGCUUGGAGUCACAAGACAGGCUAGGCGUACCCUUGUUGAUUUGGGAGUGAUACCGGUGCUUGUGGAGUUGUUUCGCGAUGGAGAUCAAGCCACGAAAAUUGUAGCUGGUAACUCUCUUGGUGUGAUAUCUGCUCAUGUUGAUUACAUUAGACCAGUUGCUCAAGCUGGGGCUAUCCCCCUUUAUGCUGAGCUCCUUCAAGGACCUGAUCAUGCUGGUAAGGAGAUAGCUGAGGAUGUGUUUUGUAUAUUGGCUGUUGCGGAGGCUAAUGCUGUUGAAAUUGCCGGGCACCUGGUGAGAGUUCUUAGACAAGGUGAUGAUGAUGCAAAGGCAGCCGCGGCUGAUGUGAUAUGGGAUCUGUCAGGUUAUAAGCACUCAACAUCUGUGGUCCGUGAUUCGGGUGCAAUCCCUAUCCUUGUUGAGCUUUUGGGGAGUGGAAGUGAAGAGGUAAAGGAGAAUGUUUCUGGGGCAUUUGCUCAGCUAAGCUAUGAUGGAGGUGAUAGAAUAGCACUUGCCAAUGCAGGGGCAAUUCCAAUUCUCAUUGACUUGCUGCAUGAUGAGAUUGAGGAACUAAGGGAUAAUGCUGCUGAGGCUCUUGUCAAUUUUUAUGAAGAUCCAUUAUACCAUGAUAGAGUAUCUGAUGCAAUUAAUGUUCCUUCAUUCAGAAAUAUGCAGAAUAGACUAAUUCAUAUUCGCGCAUCAAACGAGCAUAUGGCUAGAUCCUUACGAAGAAUGAGUGUUGAGCAGCUCACUUGGAACCCAGAUCUUGUAUAAUCAUUUUAAGGGUAUGUUUUGAUCUCAACGCUUUUGCUAUAGAGGUUUCAACUUCUUUAAGUUGUAUCAAUGUUACACCCUAGCAUAGAUAUAUGUUGUCAUGAGUAUUGGGAAGAGGAGAGAACUUUCCAUGUAGAGACAAUCUUGAUAUCUUUGCUGUAUAUUUCAAGAAGUUCACAUACAAAGGUAUU